AUGAAGGAGGCAAGGCUCGAAAUAAUGAGGCUAAAUAAAAAAGUACAAAUUUUAGAACGCCUCCGUUGGAACGAUUUACAAGUGACCUCAAAGCUAUCUCAAGAAAUUGAGGAAUUACAACGUAAUUGUGACGUGUUUCGACACAAUGUACACGAUUCUUCGAACAAAAUACCAAUCCUGUUUCAUAAGGAAAGCCUGUACCAUAACGCUAGUGAGGUAACAUUGCCUCGGCAAUCACCUGAAGCGAAAGAAGCGAAAACAAAGUACGAGGACCAGCCAUCAUAUGCUAGAAUACUAAGCACUAAAACCAGCCAGAGGUCGGGUGGGAUCCUGUCCAAAAAUAACAGAAUUCCUCGUGUCAGUCCGGCUGAAGACAUUGUGGCCUUCCAUGCUGUCCUUACACAAAAAAUAAACGAUCCAACGUCAAAUCAUCCAGUAAUCUACGACCAUCUUAUAACAAAUACUGGAGGAGUCCACUAUAGCACCAGCACCGGCGUUUUUACCUGUACACAGGCAGGAGUUCACGUUUUCUCUUGGUCUGUAUUUGUAAUGGGUCAUCAUUACAUUUAUACUACUCUAGUACGCAACAAUGAAAUCAUUGGAUCUGCUGAAACUGGCCAAGAUACGAGCUACUCUAUCGCAGGCUCUGCAACAGCUGCUACAUAUCUGGCGGUCGGAGAUGAAGUGUGGGUACGUGUAGCUGGUCACGGGGUUGGAUCUGAUAUACUAACAAACCUGUCAAUGUUCACUGGGUUUCGCCUUCGAUAA